CCAAUGCCGGCCGGAAAGAAGAACGCAGAUGAGGUGCCGAGAAGAGCAAACAAACUGGACCAAAACUCAGGCUACUGUGACUUAAAAACACUAGUAGAAACGCCAAAAUGCCAAAGGAAGGAAGGAGAUCCCAUUGAGAAGAAGCCUUCGACAUUCACAAUACAAUCUCCUCACGACUGAGAAAUACGCGCAGAAGGAGGAGGAAGGAUCGUUAAAGGGAUGCCACAGCCAACAGAGGCUCGUUCUUCUAGCAGAACAACGCAAAACAACUCCCCAUUCAGAAGCAGAAAUCAACAGUUUAAACCAAAUCACAGCCACAGCGUCACCAGCCUUGUCCACUUUAUCCAAUUAACCAAAACUUGAAGAAGACGAAACCCAAAUCCGUAUUGUCCAAAAUCUCAGGAUUUCUGCUCUACCUAGGCUUCCUCUAAUGGCGGAGACUGCGGAGAAAGACCUCAAAACCAUGACAAGAAGAGUGGCUUCAGUGGCUAAUCAUCUUAUGCCGCUUCACGCUGCUCCAGACCAUUCUUCCAUUCAUCUCUGUAAUGCUUCCAUGAACGACAGCUACCACCGAGUACACGGGGAAGUUCCGAAGCAUGAAGCUGUGUGGAGACCCGCCCUUGACGAAUUAGGGAAGGAAUUUGUGGAUAUUAUCUACGAGAAAGCAGUAGGAGAAGGGAUCGCAAAGAUUACAAUCAACCGCCCAGAGAAAAGGAAUGCCUUCCGGCCACAGACUAUUAAAGAGCUCAUUCGUGCUUUCAAUGAUGCCAGAGAUGAUAUUUCAGUGGGAGUAAUUAUCCUUACAGGAAAGGGUACAAAGGCUUUUUGUAGUGGUGGUGAUCAAUCACUGCGAAGCUCAGAUGGAUAUGCUGAUUUUGAAAACUUUGGUCGUCUUAAUGUUCUAGACCUACAGGUACAAAUUCGCCGUCUCCCUAAACCAGUUAUAGCCAUGGUUGCAGGCUAUGCUGUUGGAGGAGGACAUGUAUUGCACAUGGUUUGUGAUCUAACAGUUGCAGCUGAUAAUGCUAUAUUUGGUCAGACAGGCCCAAAGGUGGGGAGCUUUGAUGCCGGUUAUGGAAGUUCCAUUAUGUCUCGCUUGAUCGGUCCUAAAAAAGCACGAGAAAUGUGGUUUUUGGCAAGAUUCUACAGUGCGUCUGAAGCAGAAAAAAUGGGUCUAGUUAACACUGUGGUGCCGCUUGAAGAUUUGGAGAAAGAAACUCUUAAAUGGUGCAGGGAGAUCCUAAGAAACAGUCCUACUGCAAUUCGGGUUCUCAAAGCUUCUCUCAAUGCAGUUGAUGAUGGUCAUGCUGGUCUGCAGGAGCUUGGUGGAAAUGCUACACUAAUAUUUUAUGGCACAGAGGAGGGGAACGAGGGGAAGACAGCCUAUAUGCAACGCAGACGCCCAGAUUUCUCAAAAUUUCCUCGUCUACCUUAGUAUUAAUUUGCUGAAUGGGAUUGCUGCUAUUCUCCUUUAAAAUGUAAAGAAUGGCGUGUAUCUUAGGUCCUUAAGGGGAGCGUGUAUUAGGCGACAGCCUUUAUCCCAAUAAAUAAAUACCUUGGUCAUACUUUCAGGGAA